UGACCUCGCCUUCCUUCGUUCAUCGUCAUACAUAGAGAGAGAGGGAGACUGAUAUAGUUUUCGUUCAAUCCCGAGAUCGGCAGUCGGAGCUCCUCGACGAUCGGCUUUCUAACAAAGUCCUCUCUGCGCAACGUGCUAAACUCACCUUAACCGACAAUGGCUGAUGAGGAACCUGUUGAUCAGAAGAAGUACCUUGAAGAAUCUUGCAAACCAAAGUGUGUGAAACCAUUGCUCGAAUAUGAGGCUUGUGUGAAGAGAAUCCAAGGCGAUGAUCACAAGCACUGCACGGGGCAGUACUUUGAUUACUGGUUCUGCGUCGAUAAAUGUGUUGCACCGAAGCUAUUCCCGAAACUCAAGUGAGGGGGAGAUCAGAUGAGUUGCUAAUAUCUUUGGUGUGUUUUGGUUUUCUUCCCUUUCGGAAGUACAGGUGUAAUAAGUUUCUAGAAAUUUUUUUGGUGAUUCGUAUUACCGAACUAAGCGGAUGCCUGCUGAGGUUUUGUUCUUGAUUUGUCUCUGGAACUUUGUUUUAUUUAUGACAGAAUAAUAAGAGUGUUGAAGAGACUAUUUAGUAUUUAUCCUUGCUAUUAGCUAUGAGUUCCUCUCGAGACACUUGGCUUCUACUUAACUUGAGAUGAAUCAACCCCACUCGACUCGGGAGUGGCUUUACUUAUUAACUCUACUUAAGAGACUUAUUCCCUUGUUGGCUGUUGUUUUCUAAUGGCUGUUGUAAUUCAUCUAUUUGGUUUCUCUUGAAAGUGAUGAUGGGAGGAAGGUUUGCAUAAA